CCUCAUAGUCGAAGCGCAUUGUACUCUGGGAAGUUUUAGUUCUAACUAUUGUGUUCCGUUCAUGCUGAUUGUAGAGACUUUAUAUUAGAUAGUUAAUAAAUAUAACGAUAUUUUCCUACAAAGGGUCACUGGGUGACUGCAGCCGUCAUUUUAAACCGGUUUGCUCGUUUUAGUUACUAAGCGCAGCUGACUGAGACUCGACUGGACUGUUGUUGUAUUUCUGUCACCCCAGCAUGACUUCAGCUUCCUCAAAGGUGGGCGAGAUCUUCUCGGCUGCAGGCGCUGCUUUCUCUAAACUGGGUGAACUGACCAUGCAGCUGCAUCCAGUGGCGGACUCGUCUCCUGCGGGAGCCAAAUGGACCGACACGGAGAUCGAGAUGCUGCGCUCUGCAGUUCGCCGCUUCGGUGAAGAUUUGAACAGCAUCAGCUCCGUCAUAAAAGAGCGGACAGUUGCCCAGAUUAAGACCACAGUGAAAAGGAAGAUGUAUGAAGACAGCAGGGUACCUCUCACUGCAGAGUCGCCUAAAAAAACCAUGAAGAAGAGCACAGUGACGCUACCGCCGCCUCCGGCAUCAGUCGCCCCGUCUGUUAUCAAUGUGCCGACCUCUCAGGUUGUGACAUCUGGAUUGCAGAGUUCUUCAUCUUUACAGCCAGCAAUAAAGAACCCUAAACCAGCAGACGUGACUCUGAGUGCUCUGAAUGACUCUGAUGUGAACAGUGAUUUGGUGGAUAUCGAGGGGCUUGGAGAGGGUUCCACUAAAAAACCAAACUUUGACCAAGAGAGCUUGAAUCUGGACUCCAGUCUUAUAAUGAACUCCAGUGAUCUGCCUCUGCUGUCCCGCUGAUCUUCACUUGUCAGUCGAAGUGACAUUCAGGUCCCUCUACCACCUUUUCUGCUGUACUACAUCGCCAACCAUUCUCUAUCAAUGUCAGUGAAAACAACUGCAUCCUUAGCUCUUAUUAUGCAGCAGGAAUAGAUAAUGGAAUUAUGUUUUAGUGGUUCGUGUUGUGUGAUCUGAUCUGCCCACAUCUGAAAAGGGUUUUACCGGACAGUGGUCAAACUACUUGUAAAAAUACUUGCUUUUUUAAUUAUUAGGCCCUUUUGGCUGAAGUAAAGCUUUGUGAAUUGAAGUGAGAUGCUGCUUUUAAUGAAAAUGUGGCAGCACAUCAUCAAAAAUAGUUUUAAGAAAACUGGACAAUUUUCUUUCACUGCCACUGUAUGUUAGGUGCAGCUUCUAUUGUAUGUAUAUAUAUGUUGUUUUUUACCAUUACAGAAUAAUUGAACCGGUCAUUUAAACAUAAGACAUGCCUGCUUAAAUUUUAUAUGUAUUAAUUGUCCUGUCAUACAAUUUCUUAGCUCGGCAAAAAAAGACAGGAGACAAAUCAAUAAAAUGAGUUUUUAUUAUGA